CUCUUCAUCAAUUCCAUUAUAAAGAAACAUACAGAGAAGCAAUAUACGGUGAAAACAGCAACCAUUCAUUUUUAUUGCUUUUCUUUACUAGAGAGAACUACAGGGAGGAUGUGUGGAGAAGGGAAGGUGGUGUGUGUAACAGGAGGGUCAGGCUACAUAGCUUCAUGGCUGAUUAAGAGAUUACUCCAAAGGGGUUAUAUCGUUAAAGCCACUGUUCGUGACACAGGUGAUCCAAAGAAAACAGAUCACUUACUUGCACUUGAUGGAGCUAAGGAAAGGCUUCAUUUGUUCAAAGCAAAUUUACUGGAAGAAGGGUCUUUUGAUGCUGCAGUUGAUGGAUGCGAAGGAGUUUUCCAUACUGCAUCCCCUGUACUAUUUGCAGUCACUGAUCCACUGGCAGAACUAAUUGAUCCAGCAGUGAAAGGAACACUUAAUGUUCUUAAAUCAUGCACAAAAGUUCAAUCUAUCAAGAGAGUGAUUAUAACAUCUUCUAUGGCGACAGUUAUGUUUGACAGAAAACCUCAGACCCCUGAUGUGGUGGUAGAUGAGACUUGGCAUUCGGAUCCAGCAGUUUGUAAGGAAAUGAAGCUUUCGUAUAUGCUUGCAAAAACCUUGGCGGAAAAGGCUGCUUGGAAUUUUGCAAAAGAGAAUGCAAUUGACUUGGUUACAAUACAUCCAGCAUAUGUGAUUGGCCCUCUCUUACAGCCAACUCUUAAUGCCAGUGUGGCGAUGAUUUUUAAUCUUGUAAAUGCUCAGACAUACCCCAACGAAUAUUACGGAUCAACUGAUGUUAGGGACGUUGCAGAAGCUCAUAUUCAAGCUUUUGAGAUUCCUUCAGCUUAUGGCAGAUAUUGUUUAGUUGCAAAUGUGUCGCACUAUUCUGAACUUGUGAAGAUUGUCCAUGAGCAUUUUCCCUCCUUGCAACUUCCUGCAAAAUGUGAUGAUAAACCUCAAUUCAUGCCACAUGUCAAGGUAUCCAAAGAGAAAGCAAAAACUUUGGGUAUCAACUUCAUUCCUCUGGAAAGAACUACAGGGAGGAUGUGUGGAGAAGGGAAGGUGGUGUGUGUAACAGGAGGGUCAGGCUACAUAGCUUCAUGGCUGAUUAAGAGAUUACUCCAAAGGGGUUAUAUCGUUAAAGCCACUGUUCGUGACACAGGUGAUCCAAAGAAAACAGAUCACUUACUUGCACUUGAUGGAGCUAAGGAAAGGCUUCAUUUGUUCAAAGCAAAUUUACUGGAACAAGGGUCUUUUGAUGCUGCAGUUGAUGGAUGCGAAGGAGUUUUCCAUACUGCAUCCCCUGUACUAUUUGCAGUCACUGAUCCACAGGCAGAACUAAUUGAUCCAGCAGUGAAAGGAACACUUAAUGUUCUUAAAUCAUGCACAAAAGUUCAAUCUAUCAAGAGAGUGAUUAUAACAUCUUCUAUGGCGACAGUUAUAUUUGACAGAAAACCUCAGACCCCUGAUGUGGUGGUAGAUGAGACUUGGCAUUCGGAUCCAGCAGUUUGUAAGGAAAUGAAGCUUUCGUAUAUGCUUGCAAAAACCUUGGCGGAAAAGGCUGCUUGGAAUUUUGCAAAAGAGAAUGCAAUUGACUUGGUUACAAUACAUCCAGCAUAUGUGAUUGGCCCUCUCUUACAGCCAACUCUUAAUGCCAGUGUGGCGAUGAUUUUUAAUCUUGUAAAUGGAGCUCAGACAUAUCCCAACGAAUAUUACGGGUCAACUGAUGUUAGGGACGUUGCAGAAGCUCAUAUUCAAGCUUUUGAGAUUCCUUCAGCUUAUGGCAGAUAUUGUUUAGUUGCAAAUGUGUCGCACUAUUCUGAACUUGUGAAGAUUGUCCAUGAACAUUUUCCCUCCUUGCAACUUCCUGCAAAAUGUGAUGAUAAACCUCAAUUCAUGCCACAUGCCAAGGUAUCCAAAGAGAAAGCAAAAACUUUGGGUAUCAACUUCAUUCCUCUGGAAGCUACUCUCAAGGACACUAUUGAGAGCCUGAAGGAGAAGGGCUUCCUCAGCAUCUAAUUAGAUCGUAUGUGAUAGUGAGGUGAUGCAAAAACGAGCCAGAAAAUUUAGAACGAACAAUGUGCUUUUCCCUAAAAACCUUCAGGGUUCAAAUACUUGUAUAUAUCGUU